AUGGCAAUACAUCGCGGCAUACAAUCUGCGAUAUUCUACUACCUAUCAUGUGCCCCAUGCUCCGAGGCCCGCUACCGGAGGAAGAGGAAAGAAGAAGCCAAAAGAGGACGCGCUGAAAGGGAAUUGCUAGAGCAGGCACAUCCGAACUUCUACAGACAUCCCUCUCCGAGCUCGACGAAUCCCUACUGGCAGGCUGAGAUCGACCUGGGUCCCCAAGGGUUACAGCGCGGGAAGAGGAAGACACAGGCUGCGGAUAGUAGACGCAGGCUACGGCCACAGAACUAUGGUAGUGGGUCUCCUAGCUGGGAUAAGAUACCGCCAGCGACGGCCAGUAACGAUGGCUCGGACAGUCGGUGGAACUUUCGCCGCUACCAGCGAGAGGACGAAGAGCUGUGGGGCUCAACAAGCAACUUUGGAGGCUCAAUGUAUGGCGACGGUCUUACGAGACCACAACGAGCCAGAACCAAGGACUCUUCGAGAUCCGACUUCUCCGGUUACCGCAACCCUCAGAUCAACGAUAUGCAUCCCGCUACGUUUACCAGAGUAACCACACGGGAAGAGGUCAUGUGGAUGAAGCAACCGCCUCCAGUUGCGGCAGUUAUAAGCGGCAAGGAACGCGCAUCUCGAAGUCGGAGCGAUAGUGAAGGAAGUCGGCUGAGUCCGGCAGGCAUGCCAUUGUCGCGAUCUGUCAGUCAUCGGAUCAUAGAGCAGAAGCUGAAAGCUGUCGAGGCAGCUACGGCCAUGUCGCGGGAAAGUUCGAGUAGGGCGUCGGACAGCCAGCAACAUGACAGGCGACCCGGCACAGCUGAGAGAGACUUUGCUAUCGCUCCCAUCCAAAGUGAGCCAAGAGAGAGACGGAGACCAUCGCCAAUCCAAAUCCUGAAUGAUUCGGAAGACUCGGACGAUACCGUUGUAAGACGGCCUUCACUCGCCCCAGAACCCCUCAACAGGCUCCAAGCCCGACGAAUAGCAUCCCGACCCGCACUAUCAACCAUCGCCUCAGACGAAGCCGUCCCCUCCACAAUACGAAGUGGCCUCCACACCCCCGAAAUGGCCAAAGAAAACGACGUCCCAACCCCCGUCCAUAGCAGCGACGGCAGCACAGACGCCUACGACCAAUUCACGCGCCGCUCAGCACUCCUCGUGCCGGGCAACGCCCUCCGCGAGAAAAUCUUCAGAAACGCCACGGACCCUGGUCUAGGCCACGGCGACACCACAAUCCGUCGACACGGCCAUCGACACGAAGAUAGCGAGGAUACGGUGCUGGCUCUUGCGCCGGAAUUGGUUGAUUUGGAUAGCUGGGUGGAGAGUGAGUUUGAUAUUAUCAAGUGGGCUCAUGAGUUUACUAAGAGGGAGGUGCAUCCGAAGGAGAGGAGAGCGAGUAUGGACAUUUGA